CAAGGAACGAUCGUUACUCGCUACAGAACGAAGAAGAUUCAACGUGCUAAACACCGAAUCCCCUCGAUAAGAAACUCUGUACUCUUUUACCGCAUCAAGACAAGAAAAUGUCUGACGGAAUCUUCUAUUCGACGAAAUAUGAAGACGACACUGGAUACGAAUACAGACAUGUGAUCGUACCGAAAGUUCUUGCAAAGAAGAUCCCAAAAGACAGACUGAUGCGGGAGGAUGAAUGGAGGGGAAUGGGGAUUCAACAAUCGCAAGGUUGGCAGCAAUACAUGAUUCACCAUCCAGAGCCACAUGUUCUGUUGUUUAAAAGACCUGUCCCCGGCAAGACGAAAUGAACUCAAAAAGAAUCAAUUCAAGUGGAGAAUACUGCUAUGAUUGAAAUAUGUACAUAAAACUAGAGAACAGCUUUGUAAAUACCACAACACGUGCACAUAAAUGACAAUUUCUCAAAUGUACUUUUGGUAUCACUUUUUACCAAAAAGACCUUUGCAAUGUAUUUGUGUAAACAUCUUGAUACUUUACAAUUGUCUUAAUAUGUAGUUUUCACCAAAUUACUAUAGUGGAGGAGGGUUUGGCUUGAUCUGCUAUGCUAUAUUCUUGCUGUUAUAUUUCCACAAUUUGAAAUGUUAACCUCAGUGAACAUAUCUCUUCUCCCUUCAUUGUAUUAUUCACGAUAAUAACAUGAUUGUAUUGAUUUGUUUCAUUUCAAUUUGUUUUGAUAUUAAAACAGCAAAUAGACACUUGA